AUGAGGGGACAGCUUUUGAGAUCGCUCCACUCUUUGGUCUUCACUUUCUUGUGUCUGGGGAGCCUGCUGACCACUCUCACCUGGCACAUGUUCGACAACAAUGAUGACAAACCUUACAGACUGCCUCCUCACAAGAAAAGCCCUUCUGAGCUCUGUAAAGGCUGCAAGAAGGUCAUCAACAAAGUAAAAGAGCGUUACUCUCAAAACUGGAAGAAGCAGGAGGACAAUUAUUCAGAGUUCAGAUCUGAGCUGAGCAGCAAGUGCAAUGGAUCUGACAAGGCCAUCAUUACCCAGGCCAACACUCCAGUGGGAUCCAAGAUUGUGUACGACGGAGCAAGGAAGAGGAGCCUCCAGGUGACCCCGGAGAUUUUCAGCAAUUUCCCAAAGAGGCAUCCGUUUCAAAAUAAAACAUGGGACACGUGUGCUGUUGUUGGGAACGGAGGGAUCCUGACCGACAGCGACUGUGGAAAGAUGAUCGAUUCAGCUCAGUUUGUUAUCAGGUGUAACCUUCCUCCUUUGGAAGACGACUAUGUGAAAGAUGUGGGCACCAAGACUGACCUCGUGACAGCAAACCUUAGCAUCCUCAAAUAUAAGUACAGGGCUCUUAUGGGACGUCGCCGUCUGUUUGUGGAGAGUCUGAGAAGAUAUGGUGACUCCCUGCUUCUCCUUUCUGCCUUCACUUCUGAGUGCCAGCGGGCUGUCUACAGUAUUGAGGACUUUAAAAGUCCCAUCCGGCCUGUCUUCUUAAACCCUGACUAUCUCCAUAAACUGUCCGUCUUCUGGCGCUCCCAAGGCAUAAAAGCAGCACGGCUCAGCACCGGCAUAAUGAUGACCAGCCUGGCACUGGAACUCUGUGCUAACGUGCAUCUCUACGGUUUCUGGCCCUUCAGUAAUCACCCACAAGGACUCUAUGCCCUGACUAACCACUACUACGAUGAUGAAAAAGUAAAUGCAAGAUUCCAUGUCAUGCCGGUUGAGUUUGACCUCUUGUUGCAGCUGCACAGUCAGGGGGUGCUCAGGCUUCACCUGGAAGAUUGUCGGCCAGGUAAAUUGUAGUUCCAGGAAUUAAUGAAAGCUGACAGGAAAGGAGAAGUAUGGCCAAUUUUAAAAUUCCAUUAAUGUUUGUGAUGGGGACUUUUUUUUCUUGUGAACAGCGUGAGGUGAAAAACAAUGACGAUAAAUUGAAUAAAUAUUUGUUAGAAAAGGUCUUUGUAUGUAAUCCAUGGCUGGAGUGGAAUUACGUGUCCUGAAACCUGCCAAAAUUUCCCAUUAAAAUGCAGU